ACAGAAAGGCCCCCCGCAGGGAAAAAAAGCCCAUCCUCGCUCCCCCUCUCGCUCUCGUCUCGCACUCCCGCAUAGGAUAGGGUUCCUGUUGCAGCCGCCGCCGCCUCGUGUCCUCCGCGUCGCGGUUAGCUCCGGCGACAUGGCCGGAGGGUAAGAGCCCGUCUGCCGCCGCUUCUUCAAGCUCGGGCGCGACCCCUACCUCCCCCGGCGGCCAGCAACAGCUCGUGUCAGUCCGGUCGGCGCCCCUCUCCGGCGAUAGAAUCCACGAGGAGGUUAAGCGUAUGCAGUUGGAACUCAAGGAAUUGGAGUCCGGUGUCAUCUCCGUGGAGAGGGUGCACAGAGGCCUAGCCAGGAAGAUGGACCAAGAGAAAUCCCAAUCCGAACCCCUGCUGAAGGAUGCCAUCUCCGUGGAGAGGGAGCGCAGAGACCUAGCCAGGAAGAUGCACCAAGAGAAAUCCCAAUCCGAAUCCCUGCUGAAGGAGGUCAUCACCAUGGAGAGGCAGCGCAGAGACUUGCUUGCCUCACUUACUCCCACUGUUUCUCUCUGGAAAGAAAUCGAUUCUCAAACAACCUGGACCAUGGCCACAAAGGAGGAGCCUGCUACGGCUACUGCCACUGCCAGGGACGAUGAGAAUGAACUUUCUGACUACUUCAACUUGAUGCUCCAGGAUAUGGAGGAUUUGGGUCAUCGAAUGCUUUCCAUGCUAUAUUUUCUCAACAAAUCCAGUGACCCCAUCUGCUCAUACAAGGCCACUGAGCUGUGCAGCACCACAGCCAAAUUGAAUAUGCAGAUAUCCAAGGGAUUCAGCACGAAGCAGGAGCCCAAGCCGGAGCCAGAGCUGGAGCCGGGGCAGAUCAACUUGCCUAGUCUUUUCAGGAAAUACUUUCGAUUUCCCAAUAAUUACGAGAACACCUUAGCCCAGUUAGACAUGGAGGAGAAGGAGGAGACCAAGUGUGAGGACAUUAAGGUGAAGAAGACCAAGGAAGAGGAGGACAUGGAGAAGCGCCCAUCCACAAUGGAGUAUUUCAAGAAAAGUAUGGAGCUUGAUCAAUACUUUUUCGCCGAGAAACGGACAUACUGGGAAAAUGGGUGGGUCACCAAGAUCGGACGCUGCGGUGGAUUCGUAAAUACAACCAUACUGAGCCCUAUGCAGUUUACACACUACACAUCUGGUAGCAUCCCUUCCCCUGCUGCUGUCACCGGUAGUACAUUGCAGAUCUACUCAAUCAAGAUAAAGAAUCUAAAAGGCUUGAACUGGCCACUCAAAGUGUACGGCAAGGUUGCUGCUCGAGACACCGUUGACCGCAACCGCAACAUUCUAUUCUCUCGGCCAAAGUUUGAUUACCAACAAUUGAUUGGAGAAGAUGAUUCCUUGUGCUUGACUGGUCCGUCUCGUGCGAUUGUUGCUUCGGGCCAUGUUGACUUUGAGGUUGAACUCAAAGCAAUCGAGGGAGCGGGGUCGCAAAAAUUGAUCUUUUGUAGAGGCCGUUACGGUGGUACAGAUGAUUGUUCCUCUUCCUCCGCUAGCGUGAUUUAUGGUGGUGAUGGACCUACCUUUUCGCUCUCCACUGACUGUUGUACGGCCGAGGUAACACUUGAGCAGCUUGAUAGAUCGCUCCAGGCUACUAUCGUGGGUAUACGUGUAACCAAAGGGGGUUGGCCUUUCAAAUAUGGAUGCCGGGUUAUUUGCUUUUGGGCUCCUGCUUCUGCCGCAGAUGUCAUUGAUACCAUUUGCAGGCCAGUUGUGCUGCUUGACCGCCGUGGUAAAGGAUUGCCUAGAGGAUCAGAGAAGUACCUUCAACUAUCGAGGAAAGUGGUUUCAGUGGAAUCACAAGGAACGCUGAGAGUGGCCAUAGAAGCCUAUGGGAAGUCCCGUCGCUGGAUUGCUCGAAAGGGUCACGUCGACUUUCCUGUUCAGCAGUGCCAAACAAGCACGACAGUAUGUUCAGUUGGCGACGCCACGGUGCAGGUUGUUGUAGCCUGGUCCUUGCUUGUCAAGGAAAAGGUGGAUCUCCAGGUCUUGCUUAGUUGAUUGCCCAGGUGGCUAUCUAUAUAAGAUUGUGAUGCUUAUAUGCUGGCUAUACAAAUUGUAUGCGGUGAAUCAUGCAUUCUGGUUUGUUAAAUGUGAGCACCAUGCAGAUUGUUAUUCCGCCUGAUGAUUGUAUUUCUUUCUUCUGACUAUUAUUCGGCUUAUCUUGGCAAGGCUGUGCAAAUCUCUUUUUA